AUGGCGUCUUGGCGCGAGGCCUUCGCGCUGUCGAAAUCCCAGGUUCAGGAUGCCUCACCUCCUGGUACUGUUGAGAUUUUUGAUGUUGGCGACACGGAGGGUGCGACACCCAACGCCUCGAUUGUGCUGUUUCCAAAGCCAUCCGCCGACCCUCGUGACCCCCUCAAUCUUCCUACUUGGCGCAGGAUUGCGGCUCUCUUGACCGCUUCCAUCUAUGCUUUUGUUGCCAACUAUUUGAGUUCUUUGAUGGCCCCAUCUCUGCAGAUGUGGCCUGCUCAGUUCCCGAAUGACCCUCAGCCGCAGUUCCGCCUGACACGGCUCAUCGCAGUGAAUAUUCUCAUGCUCGGCGCUUCCAAUAUUUGGUGGGUGCCGCUCUCGAACUGGGCGGGACGUCGGCCUGUUUUGAUCAUUGCAACCCUCAUGAUGACGGUUUGCUCUGUCUGGGGAGCCACGGCAACCUCGUACAACUCGCUGCUCGCUGCUCGUAUCUUCCAAGGAGCUGGAGGUGGUGCAUCUGAAACAGUCGCCCCUGCCUUGGUAGGCGACAUGUUCUUCGCCCACGAAAGAGGCCGCGCCAUGGCCGUGUACACCAUUUUCCUCGCCGCCGGCGCAACGGCUGGUGGUUUGAGUGGUGGCUACAUCGCGUUCCACUAUGGCUGGGACUCGACAUUUUGGGUCAGCGUCGCCCUCGCGGGCUUCUGUUUUCUCACGACUUUGGUCUUCGUGCCCGAAUCACUCUUUGACAGGGCCGAGCCUUCGAGCCCGGAGCUGAGCGACGAGAAACGGAAAGGCCAGGCCAUACAUGAGGAGAGUCACGAACUCGUCGAGCCCGUCUCGCUUGUGGCGUCGUUGGGCUUCCGUCGCCCGACCGGCAGCUUGGUGGACCACUUCACACGACCGUGGCGAGCCCUCCUCCUGCCUGGCACAUGGGUCGUUACGCUCCAUUACGCCGGUCUAGUCGGUGGCAUCGUCACCAUCUCCACGGUGGGCGCGAAUCAGAUGGCCAUGCCGCCGUACUCGUGGGGUGCCAAUGCCGGUCUGGUCAACAUUGGCGGUCUCGUCGGCGUCGUUCUCGGCUACAUCUACACCUACGUACUCUCCGACGCCCGCUUCAAGAAGAAGGCCAAGGUCCGCGGACACGGAAUGUCAGAGGCGGAGGACCGUCUUCCUCUUCUGGCCUUCCCACUUGCCCUUUCGACCUGUGGGUUCUUCGUCUUCGGCUUCUGCGCGCAGUACCCUGGCGGGACUCGUUGGGUUGGACUGCAAGUUGGUUUCGCCAUGCUGUCUUUUGGCCUGAUGCAGGUGCCCUCCAUCGGAUUCAACUACCUCAUUGAUGCGUACACUGUCGCCGCAUCGGACUGCUUCACCGUGGCCACGAUCAUCCGUUCUUGCAUCGCCUUUGCCUGGACUUUCUUCGUCUCGGACUGGGAGCACAAGACUGGCCCGGCUGAGCCAUUCGGCAUCUUCGGCAUGCUCAUGGGCCUCUUCUCCCUGACGACCAUUCCUCUGUGGCUCUAUGGCAAGCGGCUCAGAAUUGUGACAGCCCCCAUGAUCCAGAGGUGGAUGUAG